UUAUGUGUAGGUGUGGUCCACCCACGUGUCAUCACAAUCAUGGCCACAAUCAGAGCCUGUGGAGUUAUGAGUCGUUUUGGAGCCUCUUUAAGGACUUUAACAACACCUCAAACUCGAUACAGAGACACCAAAAGGCCCAUAGUCUCAUUCAGAAGUCUUAGUUGGAGCACUGAGGGCGAGAAUCGUACAAAUGGCGAAGAAACCUUUGCUGAGAUGAUGGCCAAAUCUCGAUUGCUAACAAGUUGUGGCUCCUCUCCAGUGGGUCACAAAGUACUAGGGAAGAUUAUCGCUGUGGUGGAUGAUAACUUGUAUAUUGAUUUUGGUGGGAAGUUUCAUGGAGUCGUCCCUUGUCCUGAAUUUGGAUCAGAGAUUUACGUUGUAGGUACUAAAGUUGAAGUAAUUGUGAAAGACCUUGAGAUGUCAGCACAUUUUCUUGGAGCACCGCAAGACUCAUCUCUCCUUGAGGCAAGGAUUAAACUGGUUGGGCUGUUGAGAGAAUUUAAAAUGAACCUGAUAAGUAAUAGCAAGACUGGUAAUGAGACAUUUUAUGAAGAUGACGAUGAUGACUUGGAUGCUAGUUUUUAUGAUGAUGAGACUACUAGUAUUUAUGAUGAUAAUGAUGAGGAUGAUAAUAGGUCGAUAACUAUUUUUCAAUAGAUAUUAUAGUAGUUAAUUGAAAUAUUAAUAUUAACAGAA